AUGUGGGCAAUCUCUAGAUCUCCUUGCGAAGUCUAGAGAUCAAUGAAGUGGGUCGUCGAAUCAUCUCCAGUGGCUGUCACCUAGUGGAGCAGAAAAAUGGCAACUUUGCGGCUCUCUAGCAAUUGUCACCCGACGGAGAGGAACUAGAUGGAGGUGGGGCGCAUGUUAGGGAGCUUCAUCCUCAGGUCUGCACAGCAAGAGGAGGCUCUUCAUCACAUCUAGUACGCUCUCAGGAGGUGGUGACUUGUCUCCUGACAGAUCAUCCUCUUCCCAACGACGGCUUGUUCGUCAAUCAAUCGGAGAUGACUUACUUGACAAAUUCACGAUCCAUUUAUCACAAAUCCUUCAGCAAUUUGAGUAACAAUGCUCCGCAAAUCAUGUUGAUGAGAUUUUCGCUGAUGAUCCAAUGAUUCUCAUUGCUUAAUCCUUCACCGGCAAUCUGUAGGAAAGUCACGAUAAUUAGAUAAAAAUAUAUGACUUUUGACUCUAAAAGGACUUGAACCCACACUGGUCGUCUGCCUCUUCUGAGGAAGGUGUACUAGGGGUUUAGUCCCACAUCGGUUGUGCGCCAAAUUUUUGAGCGAAAAUAUAUUAAUGUUAUAUUCCUAAACAAAGUCCUUCUCGUGUGUGUAUGACCACUCCUUACCCCACAGCUAGCCGUCCACUAGUGACGUGGAAGAGGAGUGGCGCACCCGUGCCCCCAUCAGUUCAAGCUGCUCGAGCCCCUGCUCACGGCUACUCCCUAACUAUGCUUCCAACUUGCUUGUAGGCCUGGCUGGUCGGUGGGUUCCCCUAUUUUGCAAUAUUUUUAUUUUUAUUUCUUAUUCUUUCUUUAUCUCAAAAGUAAGACUAUAAAAAUCAUAUAAAAUCAUAGAAUUUCCUAAAAAUUCAUGUUAAUCAACUGAAAAUUCACACUCUAACACAAAUAUAAGCCUAUUUAUCGUGAGUUAAGGCUAAAACUAUAUUAUUUACUAAUUAUUAACUCAUGAUAAUGAAAACUUAUCAUUAAGGAGCUUCAUCCUUAGGUCUGCACAAUAAGAGGAGGCUUUUCAUCGCAUCCGGUACACUCUCAAUAGGUGACGACUCAUCUCCCAGUAGAUCGUCCUCUUUCAAAUGGCUACUUGUUUGUCGAUCAAUUGGAGAUACUUUACUUGAUGGAUUCGUGAUUCUUUUGUCAUGAAUUGUUCAAUAAUUUUAGUAACAAUGCUCCGCGAAUCGUGUUUACAAGAUUUUUGCCAAUGAUCCAGCAAUUUUAGUUGCUUAAUUCUUCACAAGCGAUCUGCAAGAAAGUCACAAUAAUCAGAUAAAAAUAUGAAUUUUUGGCUCUAAGAGGAUUUGAACCCGCACAAUUGCCUGCCCUUUCUAGGGAAGGUGUGAUACGAGUUUAGUCCCACAUCACUUGUGCGGUGAAGCUUCUAGCGAAUAUAUAGGAAUAUUACAUUUAUGAUCAAGUCCCUUUCUCGCAUGUGUACAAUCACUCCUUGCCCCACAGUUGGCUGGCCACUAGUGAUGUGGAAGGAGAGUGGCACACACGUUCCCCUAUCGGUCCUAGCCGCUCGAGCCCUUGCUUGCAGCUACUCUCUGACUGUGCUUCCCACCUGUUUGCGGGCCUGGCUGGUUAGUAGGUCCCCCCCAUUUUAUUUUAUUAUUUCUUUAUUUCUUUAUGUUCAUUUAUCUUAAAAGUAAGAUUAUUAAAAUUAUAGAAAUUUGUAUAAAAUAAGAUAAUUACCCAAAAAUUCAUGUUAAUCAACUCAAAACCACUUUUCAUACUUUAUCACAAAUAUAAGUCUAUUUAUCAUGAGUUAAGGCUAAAACUAUAUUAUUUACUAAUUAUUAACUCAUGAUAAUGAAGACUUAUCACACCCUCCAAUUUAAAUCAUUGCUAGUCCCUUAGCAAUGGAAUUACAAAAAUAAAAUUUACAAAUCUCAAACAUCAUAUUUCAAUACAUAAAAAAAAAUACAAUUAGAAAUGAUGCACCUUUAGACAUUUUGGAUUCUUAUAUCAAGUAUUUAAGAAUGAUGUCAAGCACUUAAAUAUUUAAGCACUCCUUGGAAUAACAAUCUAGACUUUACUUCUUUUAUUCACAUCUUUAUCACUUCUUCACUCAUAGAUAUGUUUACAAGAUGCUCUAAUUAUCAAUACUCAUCUAAGAAUAAUAUUGAUCCUAUAUUUUUCUUUUUCCAUGGCUUGAUUUUUGAAGUUUGUACUAUCUUUCUUCCUUCUUUUAUUUAUUUUAUAUAUAUAUAUAGUGGAUAAGUAGUUUUUCUUGUAGAUAAACUUUAAUAAUAAGAAUGAUGUCUCACACCCUCUAUGUGUACUCUUCAUUUUUAAGGCUUUAACUUUAUCCACUUAUUUUGUAGUAAGUGUUUUUUAUGCACGAUUUUCAACAAUGAGUAUGAUGUCUCUUCACCCUUCAUGCCUACUCUUCGUUUCUAGAUUUUUCACAUUACUCUCUCCUUUUUUUUUUCCAAAAUAAGUGAUUUCUUCUCACAAGUCUUAUAGAUCAAGGUGCAAAAAUCCCUAUUAAACUCAAAUUUUCACAUCAAGUAAAUACUAUCUAUCAAGAUUAAGAAAUGAAAAUCUGUAAAUCAAAUUCAUGUUAUCUAUCAUGCAUCCAAGGAGUAUUCCAACAUUUCAUGCCACUAGAUCAUUAUUUUGACUCAAUAUAUUUCCUAGUAUAAAAUUCAUAGAAAAUAGUAUUCUUUGAGAAAAAUUCUGAAUAAUUACUAGAUAUUAUAUUACAUUCUUGAUCGUCUUGGAAAAUUUCUACUAUUUUUGAAAGUUUUAUUGAAUUAUAAUUAAUAUCUUUUUCAGAAAUACUUCUAAAUAUCUAAAAAUUCAUAUUUUCUAGUUUUAUAAAUUUGAAAUUUGCGUGAUUUACUAUACAACGACUAAGUCACAUCAAAUUUUGAUGCCAUUACCGGGGAUGUAUUGCAUAAUAUUUAGUAUUUUUCUAUUUUUCUCUUAGAGUACACAAAAAAAUUUAACUCUUGUUUUAUUUUCUUUUUGUCUAAUUUUUUCUUUCAAAAAGAAAGGGAACAAAGAGAAGUAAGGCAAAGACUAGAGUAUACUGAAGGAGGGUUAUAAUUACUAAACUUUUUCUUCAAAUUUAUUGAUUUUUUAUACAUGGUAGAAGAUCCUUACAUCCAAAGCUAGAAAAUCUUUUCAUUAUUUCAUUCAAAACUAAAAUCCGAAAGAAAAAUUAAUUUUGAUAGAUCCUGAUGGAAGUACAGGUCAAAUUGAGAACAAUCCUAUGGCUAUGAAAAAUCAUUAUAUCCCUAAUUUAUUUCAAAGAGCAUCUAAUAUUAGAGUCUCAUUAGCACCCACUAUUAAAUUCAAAAUAAAUCUAAGAAUUUUUCAAAUGCUCCCUAAUUUUCAUAGAUUACUUUUAGAGGAACCUCAUCAACACUUAAAAAAUUUCAUAUGAUCUGUGAUUUAGUUAAUGUCUCUCAAGUUACAUUGAAAAUUAUUAAGAUGAAAUUAUUUCCUCAUACAUUUAGGGACAAAGAUAGCCAUUGGCUAUCCACAUUAGAUGGAGAAUUAAUUAGCUAGAAAGACAUAGAACAAGCCUUUCUUCAAAAAUUUUAUCCCUUAGGAAAAACUCAAAAUAUGAGAAAACAUAUAUGGAGUUUUUCUCAAAGACCAAGAGAAACUUAUGAGACAUGGAAAAAGUUCAAUGAUUUACUUAGAAAGUGUCCCCAUCAUGCUAUACCCAAGAGGCAGCUCAAUAGAAUUUUUUAUGAUAGAUUAUUAAAACAACAUAGAAAUAUGAUUGAUUCUAUAUGUGGAAGAGCUUUUAUAGAGAAAACCCUUGAUGAGAUUUACAGUCUUUUUGAGAAUUUAAGUGAAAAUUCUAGAGAUCAAGCCUCUUUUGAAUUAUAUGACAGGGAUAAGAAGAGAGGAAUGUAUGAGUUGUAUCAAGAUGAUGAUUCUAAAUUAACAAAUGAGAUUAAUCAGAUUAAUCAAAGAUUCAAAAAACUUGAUUUACUUAUUUAGAAUAUUAAAAAGCCUCCUAACAUUCAAUUGAAUGCAUAUAGUGCAUGUCCUAUAUAUAUGGUGAAAAUGAUCAUUUCGAAUUUCAAUAUUAUAAUUUACAUCAACCAUAUCAUCCUAGGCAAGAAUAAGUGCAGGUACCCCAUGAUUUUAAUAAAAUAGGGAAUAUUUUUCUAAUCCUUAUAAUCCUAAUUGGGGUAAUAAUUUUUUGUGGAGAAACCCAAAUAAUAUUCAAAAUCUAGAAGCACUUAGAUCUAAUUCAAAUUUUGAAUUUCACCCAAAAUAGGAACAUAGAUUUCAGAAAAAUCAGCCCUCUCAAAUCUAACCUGAUGCUAUAGAAAUGAUGUAGUAAAUAAGUCAAAUGAUGCAACAAAUUAUGAAUCAAAUGAUGUUGCACCAAAAACAAAUUAUAGAGGUUUUUGAGAAUAGGAAAGAAGAAGGACAACCACUCAGUUAGUGAAUAAAAAAUUUAGGAAACUAUCUAAUAGUAGAAUUUCAACAAGGAGAGUCUAGUUGGAUGAAUUUAGAAAAAUACCCAUAAAAUGAAAAUGUUAGGACAGUGAAUACAUUGAGUGAGAAUAUUUUACAUGGUCCUUAUUUCUAAUUAUUAGAAGAAAUCGAUGAGCCAUUAGAAGUAAAUGAGAAUAUUAAGGCUGAAAAGAUAGUAGUAGAAAAUUUGAAUAAAAUUAUUUAUUGCUCACAAUUGAUGAAUGAAUAUAGUGAGGAUGAUGAGGAGAAAGAGCUCUUAGAUGAAGAAAUAGUAGCUAAUCAUAGAAAAAUUAUCCAAAUUUUAGUAGAAGAGAGUAAGGACAGAAAUAAAGAAAAAUAUAUUUAAGGUGAGGAAAACUUGACAUGACUCAGUCGUUGUAUAUUAAAUCAUGUAAAUAUAAAAUUUAUAAAACUAGAAAAUACGAAUUUUCAGAUAUUUAGAAGUAUUUCUGAAUAAAUAUAUCAAUUAUCAUUCAAUAAAACUUCCAAAAAUAGUAGUAAUUUUCCAGGUCAAUCACAGGGAUGUAAUAUAAUAUCUGGUAAUUAUUCAGAAUUUUCCUCAAAAAUUAUUAUUUUCUAUGAAUUUUAUACUAAGAAUUGAAAAGGAAAUAUAUUUAAAAUUCACGAAAAAAGAAAAUAAGGGUGCAAGAGUCAAGACUGACAUCAGCACCUAGUGAACGCAAAUCGGGCAAAAAUAGAGUUCCGCAUGGUGAUUCUUACGUAAGUGAUAAGUCUUCAUUAUCAUGAGUUAAUAAUUAGUAAAUAAUAUAGUUUUAGCCUUAACUCAUGAUAAAUAGACUUAUAUUUGUGUUAAAGCAUGAAAAGUGGUUUUCAGUUGAUUAACGUGAAUUUUUGGGUAAUUAUGUGAUUUUAUAUGAUUUUUACAGUCUUAGCUUUGAGAUAAAUGAAGAACAAGAAAUAAAAAUAAAAAUAUUGCAAAAUGGGGGGAUCCGCCGGCCAGCCGGGCCCGCAAGCAGGUCGGAAGCGCAGUCGGGGAGUAGCCGCGAGCAGGGGCUCGAGCGGCUUGCUUGGAUCGAUAGGGGCACGUGUGCGCCACUCCCCUUCCACGUCACCGGUGGUCAGCCGGCUGAGGGGCAAGGAGUGGUCGUACAUGCGAGAGGACUUUGCCUAGAAAGCUAACUUUACUAUAUAUUCGCCCGAAUAAUCCGCGCACAACCGAUGUGGGACUAAAUCCACCUUGUAAGGCGCGGGCGACCACCGCGGGUUCGAAUCCUCCCAAAGUUAAAAUUCAUAUAUUUUUAACUGAUUAUCGCGACUUUCCUGCAGAUCGCCAGUGAAGGAUUAAGCAACCAAAAUCGCUGGAUCAUCGGCGAAAAUCUCAUCAACGCGAUUCGCGGAGCAUUGCUACUAAAAUUUCUGAACGAUUCACGAUAAAAGGAUCGCAAUCCAUCGAGUAAAUCAUCUCCGAUUGAUCGACGAACAAGCCGUCGUCGGGAAGAGGACGAUCAGCCGGGAGACCAGUCGCCACCUCCUGAGAGCAUACCAGAUGCGAUGAAGAGCCUCCUCUUGCUGCGCGGACCUGAGGAUGAAGCUCCCUAACACACGCCUCACCUCCAUCCAGCCCCUCUCCGUCGGGUGACAGCCGCCGGAGAGCCGCAAAGUCGCCGUUUUUCCGCUCCGCCGGGUGACAGCCGCCGGAGACAAUACGACGACCCACUUCAUUGGUCUCUAGACUUCACGAGAAGAUCUAGAGAUUGCCCACGUCAUCUUUGUCCAAGGAGAGCCUUCGAGGCCGUGGACACUGUACGACGACCCUCCCGAACACUCAGGAUUCCGGUGCAUCGCCGACGCGUCGCCGUCGCAACGCCGGAACUCUGUUUUCCUGCUUUAUCUAGAGAUUGCCCACGUCGUCUUUGUCCAAGGAGAGCCUUCGAGGCCGUGGACACUGCACGACGACCCUCCCGAACGCUCAAGAUUCCGGUGCAUCGCCGACGUGUCGCCGUCGCGACACCGGAACUCUGUUUUCCUGCUUUAUCUAGAGAUUGCCCACGUCGUCUUUGUUCAAGGAGAGCCUUCAAGGCCGUGGACACUACACGACGACCCUCCCGAACGCUCAGGAUUCCAGUGCAUCGCCGACGCAUCGCCGUCGCGACGCCGGAACUCUGUUUUCCUGCUUUCAAUUUAAUUUACACUUCAUUUAGUGAUACUUUGUUGAUUUUUAUUUACCAAACUAUACUUCUUUCAACUACGAUUCUUCCGGCUUUUACAGAUCUUAAUUUGAUUAAUUGAGUCGUCUAUAAUCGCCUACGUAAGAAUCGCCGGGCGGAACUCUGUUUCCGCCUGAUUCACGUUCGCCGAGCGCUGACGUCAUCCUGACGUCCGCACCCUUAUUUCCUCUUUUUUUUGUGAAUUUUAAAUAUAUUUCCUUUUUAUUUCCUAGUAUAAAAUUCGUAAGAAAAUCGUACUCAUUGAGAAAAAUUCUGAAUAAUUACCAGAUAUUAUAUUACAUCCUUGUGAUCGACCUGGAAAAUUACCACUAUUUUUUGGAUUUUUAUUGAAUUAUAAUUGAUAUAUUUAUUUUAAAAUACUUCUAAAUAUCCAAAAAUUCGUAUUUUCUAGUUUUAUAAAUUUUAUAUUUGCGUGAUUUAAUAUACAACAACUGAGUCACGUCAAGUGUCCACGGCCUCGAAGGCUCUCCUUGGACAAAGACGACGUGGGCAAUCUCUAGAUCUUCUCGCGAAGUCUAGAGAUCAAUGAAGUGGGUCGUCGAAUCGUCUCCGGCGGCUGUCACCCGGCGGAGCGGAAAAACGGCGACUUUGCGGCUCUCCGGCGGCUGUCACCCGACAGAGAGGAGCUGGAUGGAGGUGGGGCGCGUGUCAGGGAGCUUCAUUCUCAGGUCCGCGCAGCAAGAGGAGGCUCUUCAUCGCAUCUGGUACGCUCUCAGGAGGUGGCGACUGGUCUCCCGGUGGAUCGUCCUCUUCCCAACGACGGCUUGUUCGUCGAUCAAUCGAAGAUGAUUUACUCGAUGGAUUCACGAUCCUUUUAUCGCGAAUCGUUCAGCAAUUUUAGUAGCAAUGCUCCGCGAAUCGCAUUGACGAGAUUUUCGCCGAUGAUCCAGCGAUUCUCGUUGCUUAAUCCUUCCCCAAUGAUCUGCAAGAAAGUCGCGAUAAUCAGAUAAAAAUAUAUGAAUUUUGACUCUGGAAGGAUUCGAACCCGCGCCGGUCGCCCGCCUCUUCUGAGGAAGGUGUGACGGGGGUUUAGUCCCACAUCGAUUGUACGCCGAUUUUUCGGGCGAAUAUAUAAUAAUGUUAGAUUUGUGAGCAAAGUCCAUUCUCUCGCGUGUAUGACUACUCCUUGCCCCACAGCUGGCUGGCCACCGGUGACGUGGAAGGGGAGUGGCGUACGCGUGCCCUGUCGGUCCCCAAGUCAAGCCGCUCGAGCCCCUGCUUGCGGCUUACUCCCCGACUGCGCUUCUGACUCGCUUGCGGGCACGGCUGGCCGGCGGGUCCCCCCCAUUUUUAUCUUUUUAUAUAUAUAGUGGAUAAGUAGCUUUUCUUGUAGAUAAAUUUGACAAUAAGAAUAAUAUCUCACACCAACUAUGUGUACUCUUCAUUUUCAAGGCUUUCACUUUAACUACUUAUUCUGCAGCAAGUGUUUUUCUAUACACAAUUUUUGACAAUGAGAAUGAUGUCUUACACCCUCUAUGUGUACUUUUCAUUUGUAGAUUUUUCACAUUAUUCUCUUUUUUUUCAAAAUAAGUGAUUUCUCCUCACAAGUCCUAUAGAUCUAGGUACAAAAAUCUCUAUUAAACUCAAAUGAUCAAUCAAAUUUUCACAUCAAGUAAAUACUAUCCAUUAAGAUCAUGAAGUGAAAAUUUAUAACAUUAAAUCUAUGUUAUCUAUCAUGUAUCCAAAGAGUAUUCCAACAUUUCAUGCUACUAGAUCAUUCUUUUAACUCAAUAAUAAUCUUCCUAGUAUCUUUUGGUAUUAAUCAAUCUAAUUGAUUUAAUUUUUCGUGCAUGUAAUAUGAUAUAAGAAAUUUAUAAAUUAGAUAGUUCUGACAAUUUUACUUUCUAUUUUUAGUUUUGUUUUUAGCAACAAUAAAUUUGUCAAAAAUAAAUCAAAACUAUCCUCUUUAUUAUUGUAAUUUCAAAUUUGAGUAAUAUAUGUCUAGCAGAUUGAAAUGUGAGAAAAAGGGUUUCUAGAAUUUGAAAUUUCAGGCUAUUGUUUCUUUGCUAUUUUUGACAGUUUGUUGUUCCUAACAAAAAACCAAAAAAUAGAUGUUGUCAUUUUUCUAAAUUUUUGUUUUUUUAGUUUAUGUUCUAAGUGAGCAUGAAAAAGUAAAAAAAAAAUACAAAAAUAUGUUCUUAAUUGUCCUAUAGCAUAAAUUAAGAAUUAAUACUUCAUAAAUGAUAUACAGAGUUAAGUAUUAAAAAUCUUUUCAUAAAUGAUAAAGCUUAGAAAGACAUCACCUCAACCUUGUUUUUAAUUUUCUACUUCAUCUUACACUCUUGCACUUUUUUGAAAAGAAAACAAAUAUAGAAACAAAUACUCUAAAAUUCUAAGGAAAAAAAAGUUUUGAAAAAAAAACAAAAUGAAAUAAAGACCAUGGGUUGCCUCCCAUGCAGCGGCGAAUUUAAUGUCUCUAACUAGACACAUUAAUCUUACUCUUGAAUUUCUUUUAAUUAUAAAAUUUCUUUUUCUACCAGGCAUUUAUGUUCUAUGUAAUGUUUAAGCCACGAUCCAUUUACCUUAAAGUUAUGAUCACUUUUAGGAUCUUUAAUCAUUAUAGCCCCAUGAUCAUAUGUCUCUUCAACCACAUAAAGCCUUGUUCUUUUGAUUUUAAAUUUUUAAAAAAUAAUUUCAGUCUACAAUCAUAUAACCACUUUUUGUUCAACAUUAAUUUUUUUCUGCUAAUGUAUUUAUCAUGAAACUUUUAAUUUUUUUUUAUAGAUUCUAUGAUUUUCAUAAACUUCAUUCCUCAACUCCUCUAGUUCAUGUAGCUGAAAAUUUUUUUGCCCACUAGCUGAUUUUUCAUCCAUACAUAAAUUUUUUAUAGCCCAUAAUGAUCAAUGCUCUAUUUCCAUAGGAAGAUGACAUGGCUUUCAAAAAAUGGGGUGAAAUGGGGACAUACCUAUGAUAUUUUUAUAAGUUGUUCUAUAAGCCCAUAAUGCAUCUUGUAAUUUUGUGGGCCAAUCUUUCUUAUUUGGUCUAACUAGUUUUCUCAAAAUUCUCUGAAUUUCUCUAUUUUUUACUUCAGCUUGCCCAUUUGUUUGGAGAUGAUAUGGAGUGACUAUUUUAUGGUGUACUCCAUUCUUUUUCAAUAGUUCUUUGAAAUGUUAUUUGUAAAAUGUGUUCCUCCACUAAUAAUCACUCUAAGACAUCUAAAUCUUGAAGAAAUAUUUUUCUACACAAACUUCAUCACAGUUUUAUAAUCAUUAGUUUUAGUAGGAAUAACUUACACCUACUUAAACACAUAAUCAACAGCAAGCAAAAUAUAUUCAUAUUUUUCAGCUAAGGGGAAGGGACCCAUGAAAUCUAUUUCCCAUACAUCAAAAAUUUUAACUACUAACAUGUUACUCAUGAGCAUUUCAUCUUUUUUACUCAUGUUACCUAUAAAUUGACAUGAAAUAUAUGUUCUACUAAAUUCUAUAGAAUCUCUAAUGAUUGUAGGCCAAUAAAAACCACAACGAAAAAAUUUUAUAGCUAUUUUUCGUCUAGAGAAAUGUUCUCCAUAGUUAGAUGAAUAACAUAUGUUAAGAAUGCUAUGAUAUUCUUCUUCAUGAACACCUCCUUAAAUCUGAUCAUUACCCAAGUAAUAUAAAUUAAGAUCAUGCCAAAAAUACUUUCUAAUCUUCAAAAAGAAAUGAUAUUUUCCUUAAAAUUUGAAUUUUUUCUAGAAACCAAAAAAUUAACAAUAUGUGCUUAUUGACAUGACUUAGUCGUUGUAUAGUAAAUCACAUAAAUUUAAAAUUUAUAAAACUAUAAAAUACAAUUUUGUAAAUAUUUAGAAGUAUUUCUGAACAAAUAUAUCAAUUAUAAUUCAAUAAAACUUCCAAAAAUAGCAGUAAUUUUUCAAGUCAAUCAUAGGGAUGUAAUAUAAUAUCUGGUAAUUAUUCAAAAUUUUCUACAAAGAAUACUAUUUUCUAUGAAUUUUAUACUAGGAAAUAAAAAGGAAAUAUAUUUAAAAUUCACAGAAAAAGAAAAUAAGGGUGUGGAUGUCAGGAUGAUGUAAGUGCUUGGCGAAUGCGAAUCAGGCAGAAAUAGAGUUCCACUCGGUGAUUCUUACGUAAGCGAGCACAGACGAUUUAAUUGAUGCAAUUAAGAUCUGUAAAAGUCGGAAGAAUCGUAAUGAAAUGAAGUAUAUCUUGGUAAAUUUAAAAUCAAUAAAUUAUCACUAAAUGUAAUGAAAACUAAAUUGAAAGCAAGAAAAUAGUGUUCUGAUGUCGCGACGGCGAUGCAUCAGUGAUGCACUAGAAUCCUAAGCAUUUGGGAGGAUUGUUGUGCAAUGUCUAUAGCCUCGAAGGUUCUCCUUGGACAAAGACGAUGUGGGUAAUCUCUAGAUCUUCUUGCAAAGUCUAUAGAUCAAUGAAAUGGUUGUCAAAUCGUCUCCUACGGCUAUCACCCGGCGGAGAGGGAAAACGGUGACUUUGUGGCUCUUCGAUGGCUGUCACCUAAUGGAGAGGAGCUGGAUGGAGGUGGGACGCAUGUUAGAGAGCUUCAUCCUCAAGUUCACGCAGCAAGAGGAGGCUCUUUAUCACAUCUGGUAUGCUCUCAGGAGGUGGUGACUCGUCUCUUAGUGGAUCGUCCUCUUCCUGACGACAACUUGUUCAUCAAUCAAUCGAAGAUGCUUUACUUGAUGGAUUCACGAUCCUUUUAUCGCAAAUCGUUCUUAAGUGGAUAGCCAAUGGUCAACUUUGUCCUUAAGUGUAUGAGGAAAUAAUUUCAUCUUAAUAAUUUUCAGUGUAACUUGAGAGAGAUUAACUAAAUCACAGACUAUAUGAAAUUUUUCUAAGUGCUGAUGAGGUUCCUCUAAAAGCAAUUUAUGAAAAUUAGGGAGCAUUUGAAAAAUUCUUGAAUUUAUUUCAAAUUUAAUAGUGAGUGAUGAUGGGACUCUAAUAUUAGAUGUUCUUUGAAAUGAAUCAAGGAUAUAAUGAUUUUUCAUGGCCAUAGGAUUGUUCCCAAUUUGACUUGUACUUCCUUUAGGAUCCAUCAAAAUUAAUUUUUCUUUCAGAUUUCUAAUUUUUAAUAAAAUAAUGAAAAGAUCUUCUACCAUGCAUAAAAAAAAAAAAAAUUUGAGAAAAAAGUUUAGCAAUUAUUACCCUCCUUCAAUAUACUCUAGUCCCUAUCUUGCUUAUCUUUGUUCCUUUUUUUAAAAAAAAAAUCAGCAAGCAAAAAAUAAAACAAGAGUUAAAUUUUUUUUGCAUACUCUAAGAGAAAAAUACAAAAAUAUUAAUUUUGAAAUUUAAAAUUUAUAAAACUAGAAAAUAUAAGUUUUUGAAUAUUUAGAAGUAUUUUUGAACAAAUAUAUCAAUAAUAAUUUAAUAAAAAUUUCAAAAAUAGUAGAAAUUUUCUAGGUCAGUCAUAGGGAUGUAAUAUAAUAUCAGGUAAUUAUUCAAAAUUUGCCUCAAAGAAUAUUAUUUUCUAUGAAUUAUACACUAGGAAAUAAAAAUUAAAUGUAUUUAAAAUUCAUAAAAUGGGAAAUAAGAGUGCAGACAUCAGGAUGACGUCAGUGCUUGAUGAAUGCAAAUCAUAGUUCCACCCAGCGAUUCUUACCUAAGUGAUUAGAGAUGAUUUAAUUGAUCAAAUUAAGAUUUGUAAAAGUUGAAAGAAUUGUAAUUGAAUAAAGUAUAUCUUGGUAAAUUUAAAUCACAUAAAUUAUCUCUAAAUAAAGUGAAAAGUAAGUUGAAAGUAAGAAAAUAGAGUUUCAAUGUCGCAGUGGUGAUGUGUCGGUGAUGCACCGAAAUCUUGAGCAUUCAGGAGGAUUGUCAUGUAGUGUUCACAGCCUCAAAGGCUCUCUUUGGACAAGGACGACAUGGGCAAUCUCUAGAUCUCCUUGCGAAGUCUAGAGAUCAAUGAAAUAGGUCAUCAAAUCAUCUCUGGUAGCUAUCACCCAGCGAAGUGGAAAAAUGAUGACUUUGCAGCUCUUUGGCGACUGUCACCCAAUGAAGAGGAGUAGAUGGAGGUGGGGCGUAUGUUAGGGAACUUCAUCUUCAGGUCUAUGCAGCAAGAGGAGGCUCUUUAUUGUGCCUAGUACACUCUUAGGAGUUGGCGACUUGUCUCUUGGCAGAUUGUCCUCUUCCUAAUGAUGGCUUGUUCAUCAAUUAGUUAGAGAGGCCUUACUAGAUAGAUUUACGAUCCUUUUAUCACGAAUCAUUCAAUAAUUUUAGUAACAACAUUCCAUGAAUCAAGAUUUUCACCGAUGAUUUAGCGAUUGUAGCGACUUAAUUUUUCACUGGCAAUCUGUAAUAAAGUCACAAUAAUGAGAUAAAAAAAUAUGAGUUUUGGCUCUAGAAGGAUUCGAAUCUGUGUCCGUUGCCUACCUAUAUGAGAGAGAUUGACAUAAGUACUCUAAUGUCCUUAUCAAAUGAUGUCAUUGUGGUAUAUCUCUGUUGUAAAUAAGGGGAAUUUUAGGUAUUAAAAUCAUCGAACUCUUUCUAGAGAAAGUGUGACGCAGGUUUAGUUACACGAUGACUCCUUGCCUCACAGCCAGCUGGCCACCAGUGACGUGGAAGGGUAGUGGUGCACACGUGCCCCUAUUGGUCCUAACCACUUGAACCCCUGCUCGUAGCUCCUCCUCAACUACACUUCCAACCUGCUUGCGAGCCUAGCUAGCUAAUGGGUCCCCCCAUUUUUCUAUAUUUUUAUUUUUAUUUCUUUUUCUUGAUUUAACUCAAAAGUAAGAUUGCAAAAAUCAUAUAAAUUCAUAUAAAAUCACAUAAUUUCACAAAAAAUUACAUUGAUCAAUUCAAUGACACUUUUCACACUUUAACAUAAAUCUAAGUCCAUUUAUCAUGAGUUAAAGCUAAAACUAUAUUAUUUACUAAUUAUUAACUCAUGAUAAUGAAGACUUAUCAAAGACCCUUAAUUGUUUAAUAUAUCUAUUAGCUAGCUGAAGUUCCACUAAAGUUGGUUUUAGUUCUCCUGGUUUUAAAUUUCUAAAAACAGCUAAAGGUAAUAAAUUAACACUUGCUCCCAAAUCUAAGAGCACAUUUCUAAAUGUAGUUUCACCCACUUUAUAGGAGGUAAGAAGUUUCCCUUGAUCUUUACAUUUUCUAGGCAAAGGAUGAGAAAUAAUGGCACUAGGUUCUUCAGAUAAAGAUAUCUUUUGAGGUGACCUACGAGGUGUGCAUAAUUUUUUUAAAAUUUGUACAUGCAGGUAUCCGUUUGAUUGUAUCUAUCAAAGAAAUAGAGAUCUGAACUUGUUUAAAUAUUUCCAUAAGCUCUUCCUUAGGUUCAGCUCUUUUCCUAAGUUUUGGUUCUAAUGCCUUAGGAAAGGGGCCUAUUUUUCUAAAUUCAUCUUAGUGUGAUAAAAUAGUAAUGGGUGGUACUUUUGUUUUUUCUUCUUUUGAUUCUUGUUUUUCUUCCUCUAAAUUCUCAUCAUCAAAAAUAAACUAUUAUGUUUGUUAUCCUCAUCAUUCAGCACUUCACCAUCAUGAACCUAUUUUUCUAAAAAUUCUGGUGCAUAUGGAUCUUUGAAUUGCUUUUCACUCCUUAAAGUAGUCACUGCUUCUACAUUUUCAAAACUUUGAGAUGUAGAUGGUUCAUGGCUAUUAGAAAGCUGAUUUCAUGGGUUCAUGAUGGGUUGACUAGGAAGAUGACCUGUUUCAUGUUUUGAGUGGGCCAAGGCUAGUUUACCUAUCUCUUUUUCUAGCCUAAGAAUUGUUUCCUGAUUUUCUUAUCUAAUUUGCUCCAUCAUCUUCAUCAUAGAUGUAUUUGUUUCCUAAAAUUACUGCAUCAUUUGUCCCAUAAGCUGUUGCAUCGAAUUUGAAUUCAUAUCAAAUUUAUUUUGAUAAAAUUAGAAUAUCAUGGGCUGAAAUUAGGGACUAAACUUGAAGAAGAAGGGAUGAAAUUUUGGGCUGGUAGCUGAUGAGCACUAACAUGACUUAGUCAUUGUAUAGUAAAUCAUGCAAAUUUUGGAUAUUUAGAAGUAUUUUUGAACAAAUAUAUCAAUUAUAAUUUAAUAUAAACUUCUAACAAAUAACGAUAAUUUUUCAAGUCAAUCAUAAGGAUGUAAUAUAAUAUCAAGUAAUUAUUUAGAAUUUUUCUCAAAGAAUAUUUUUUUCUAUAAAUUUUAUACUAAAAUAUUAUUUGUAUCUCAUGGUAAGUUUCAUGAUAUUCUUUUUCAGAUUUAGCAUUAAUUCAUAUACUUCAUAAAUAUACCUUGAUAUACUUUCAGCCAAAAUAAAAUGGAAAUUAACAAAAAUUUUCCAAAAAUAAUAUUUCCAUUUUGAAAAGAAUCUUUCCUUAUUUCUGUCUUGUUUUGUAAGACUCUCAUUCAUUAAUAAAUACUUUCUAUUAAUAGACCAUAAAAUGUGAUCAAGCCAUAUAAUUUUCAAAUUAACUCUUACUAUUGGACAGUUUCCUGAAUUUUCUAUGGGCUGACUAGGUAGCUAUCCCUCUUCUCUCUUAUUCCCAAGAGCCUCUAUUUGGCUCAUAGUUUGUUGCAGCAUUUGGCUCAUUUGCUGCAUCAUUUCUCUAGUAUCAUGUUGGGUUUGAGAGGGCUGAUUUUUCUGAAAUGUGUUUUCUUAUUUUAGACGAAAUUCAGAGUUUGAAUUAGAUCUAAGUGCUUCUGAAUUUUGAAUAUUAUUUGGGUCUCUCUAUGAAAAAUUAUUCCUCUAAUUAGGAUUAUAAGAAUUUGAAAAAGGUUUCUUAUUUCUAUUAAAACCAUGAGCUACUUGCACUUGUUCUUGCAUAAGGUGAAAUGAUUCAUCUAAAUUAUAGCAUUGAAAUUCUGACUAAUCAUUUUCACCAUACAUAGGACAUGUACUAUUUGAAUUAAAUUGAGGGUUAAGAGGCUUUCUAAUAUUGUAUAUAAGUAAAUUAAGUUUUUCUAAUAUUUGAUUAAUCUGAUUAACCUCAUUUCUAAAUUUAGAAUCAUCAUCAUGAUGCAAUUCAUAAAUUCCUCUCUUCUUAUCCUUGUCAUAUAAUUCAAAAGAGGCUUGAUCUCUAGAAUUUUCACUUAAAUUCUCAUAAAGACUAUAAAUCUCAUCAAGGGUUUUCUCAAUAAAAGCUCCUUCACAUAUAGAAUCAACUAUAUUUCUAUGUUGUUCUAAUAAUCCAUUAUAAAAAAUUCUAUUGAGCUGUCACUUGGGUAUAGCAUCAUGAGGACACUUUUUAAGUAAAUCUUUAAAUUUUUCUCAUAUCUCAUGCAAAGUUUCUCUUGGUCUUUGAGAAAAACUCCAUAUAUAUUUUCUCAUAUGUUGAGUUUUUCUUAAGGGAGAAAAUUUUUGAAGAAAGGCUUGUUCUAUGUCUUUCCAGCUAGUUAAUUCUCUAUUUAAUGUGGAUAGCCAAUGACUAGUUUUGUCCCUAAGUGUAUGAGGGAAUAAUUUCAUCUUAAUAAUUUCUGAUGUAACUUGAGAGAGAUUAACUAAAUCACAAACCAUAUGAAAUUUUUCUAAGUGCUGAUGAGGUUCCUCUAAAGGCAAUUCAUGAAAAUUAGGAAACAUUUGAUAAAUUUCUAGAUUUAUUUCGAAUUUAAUAGUGGGUGCUACUAGGACUCUAAUAUUUGAUACUCUUUCAAAUGAAUCAGUGAUAUGAUGAUUUUUCAUGGCCAUAGGAUUAUUCUUAGUUUGACCUAUACUUCCUUCAAGAUCCAUCAAAAUUAAUUUUUCUUUCAGAUUUUUAUUUUUGAAUGAAAUAAUGAAAGGAUUUUCUAGCCUUGGAUGCAAGGAUCUUCUACCAUGCAUAAAAAUCAAUAAAUUUGAGAGAAAAAGUUAGUAAUUGUUACCCUCCUUCAGGAUUCUCUAGUCCUUGUCUUGCUUCUUUUCAUUCCCUUUUUCUAAAAAAAAUCGACAAAAAGAAAAUAAAACAAGAGUGAAAUCUUUUUGUGUACUCUAAGAGAAAAAUAGAAAAAUACUAAAUAUUAUGCAAUACAUCCAUGACAAUGGUGCCAAAAUUUGACAUGACUCAACCGUUGUAUAUUAAAUCACGCAAAUCUAAAAUUUAUAAAACUAGAAAAUAUGAAUUUUCAGAUAUUUAGAAGUAUUUCUAAAUAAAUAUAUCAAUUAUAAUUCAAUAAAAAUUCCAAAAAUAGUGGUAAUUUUCUAGGUCAAUCACAGGAAUGUAAUAUAAUAUCUGGUAAUUAUUCAAAAUUUUUCUCAAUGAAUACGAUUUUCUAUGAAUUUUAUACUAGGAAAUAAAAAGGAAAUAUAUUUAAAAUUCACAAAAAAAGGGAAAUAAGGGUGCGGAUGUCGGGAUGACAUCAGCUCCUGGCAGAUGCAAAUUGGGCAGAAUAGAGUUCUGUCCGGUGAUUCUAGUGUAAGCGAUUACAGAUGAUUUAAUUAAUCAAAUUAAGAUCUGUAAAAGCCAAAAGAAUCAUAAUUGAACAAAGUAUAUUUUGGUAACUUAAAAACACAAAAAUGAUCACUAAAUGAAGCGUAAAGUAAAUUGAAAGUAGGAAAAUAGAGUUCUGGCAUCGCGACAAUGAUUCAACAAUAAUUCAUCAGUGAUGUACCAGAAUCUUGAGCAUUCGGAAGGAUCAUCGUGUAGUGUCCACAGCCUCAAAGGCUCUCCUUGGACAAAGACGACGUGGGCAAUCUCUAGAUCUUCUCGUGAAGUCUAGAGAUCAAUGAAGUGGGUCAUCGAAUCAUCUCUGGCGGCUGUCACCUGACAGAGCUAAAAAUUGGUGACUUUGCGGCUCUCCGGGGGCUAUCACCUGAUAGAGAGGAGCUGGAUGGAGGUGGGGCGCGUGUUAGGGAGCUUCAUCCUCAGGUCCGCGCAGCAAGAGGAGGCUCUUCAUCGCAUCUGGUAUGCUCUUAGGAGGAGGCAACUCGUCUCCUAGCGGAUUGUCCUCUUCCUGACGACGAGUUGUUCAUCAAUCAAUCGGAGAUGAUUUACUCGAUGGAUUGAGAUCCUUUUAUCACGAAUCAUUCAGCAAUUUUAGUAGCAAUGCUCUACGAAUCACGUUGACGAGAUUUUUACCGAUGAUCCAACGAUUCUCGUUGCUUAAUCCUUCAUUGGCGAUCUGCAGGAAAGUCGCGAUAAUUAGAUAAAAAUAUAUGAAUUUUGACUCUAGGAGGAUUUGAACCUACGCCGGUCGCCCACCUCUAAGGAAGGUGUGACGUGGGUUUAGUCCCACAUCGAUUGUGUGCCAAUUUUUUAGGUGAAUAUAUGGUAAUGUUAAGUUUAUAAGCAAAGUCGCUACUCUCAUGUGUACGACCACUCUUUGCCCCACAGCCAGCUAGCCACUAGUGACGUGGAAGAGGAGUGGUACACACGUGCUCCUAUCAGUCCAAGCCAAGCCACUCGAGCCCAUGCUCGCGGCUACUCCCUGACUACGCUUCCGACUCGCUUGCAGGCCCGGCUGGCCGGUGGGUCCCCCCCAUUUUGCAAUAUUUUUAUUUCUUGUUCUUCAUUUAUCUCAAAAGUAAGAUUAUAAAAAUUAUAUAAAAUCACAUAAUUACCCAAAAAUUCACAUUAAUUAACUAAAAACCACAAAUUAUACUUUAACACAAAUAUAAGUCUAUUUAUCAUGAGUUAAGGCUAAAACUAUAUUAUUUACUAAUUAUUAACUCAUAA